AUGGCUCCUCGCCCCGAAUUCAGCAUCGACCAAGUGCGCAACAAGGCACGCAGGGACAUUCUCUACCUGCUCGAGGGUGUCCGGGGUAAGAAGAAUGUGGUCCUCGACCGCAGUUUAGUUGGCCCCAUCGGAACUGUCGUCAAGGUUUCGACGCUUCAGGAGUACGGUGUCGACAAGUUCUUUAUCCUCGAGAACAAUAAUGUCGACGCCAGCCAGCGCAACGUCAUCUUCAUCGCCCGUGGCGAGUGCGCCAAGCACGCGGAUAACAUAGCUGCGCAGAUCAAACGAGUCCAACGAGAGAGCCAGACUGGCCACGACUUCCACAUCUUCUGGGUGCCCCGCCGCACUAAUGUAUCUGACCAGCUGCUCGAGGAGGCUGGUGUCCUCGGCGAUGUGAGCGUGUCAGAGCUCCCGUUGCUAUUCUUCCCGUUGGAGAAUGACGUCCUGUCGCUCGAGCUGGGCGAUGCAUUCCGAGAUUUGUACCUGUCUAAGGAUGUUACGCCAAACUUCCUCAUGGCCAAGGCGCUCAUGGAGAUACAGCAGAAUCACGGUCUCUUCCCUCGAAUGAUCGGCAAGGGCGAUAAUGCGAAGCGAGUUGCAGACCUCCUAGCUCGCAUGAGGCAAGAGGUCUUGGCUGGAGAGGACGCGGCGCAGACGGGGGGUGUUGGGCUGGCACCGAGCACCACGAACGAGAGCGUCAUCAUCAUCGAUCGUGAGGUCGACUUUGUCACGCCACUGCUCACGCAACUCACGUACGAAGGGCUGAUUGACGAGGUGUUCGAGAUCCAGAACAACCAGGCCAAAGUCGACACCACCAUUGUCGGCGUGCCGACCCAGUCGUCGUCGGCUACGGCGCAGAGCAGGAAACGCACCAUCCAGCUCGACUCGAGCGACAAGCUGUACCAUCAGCUCCGCGACGCCAACUUCGCCAUUGUCGGAUCGCUGCUCAACAAGGUUGCCAGGAGGCUCCAGCAGAUGCACUCGGACUAUGAGACCAAAACCAAGACCAAGACGAUUGCCGAGCUCAAGGAGUUUGUGGGACAGCUCCCCGGCUACCAGCAGGAACAGCAGAGUGUACGGAUACACACAGGUCUGGCCGAGGAGAUCAUCAGGCAUACGCGGACGGACCAAUUCAAGGGCCUACUAGAGGUGCAGCAGAACUUGGCGGCCGGUGCCGACCCGUCAUCCCAAUCCGACCGGCUCGAGGAGCUCGUCGCUCGCGAGACGCCUAUACGAGAGACUUUGCGUCUUCUCUGCAUCUACUCGUGCAUAUCGGGGGGCAUCAAACCCAAAGAAUUCGACCACUUUCGCCGUCUCAUCCUCCAGGGCUACGGCCACCAGCACCUCCUGACCCUGCACAACCUGGAGAAGCUCCAGCUGUUCCUCUCCAAAUCAUCCCCGCUGGCCGGUAUGAUACCCAUGGCGGGGAGUUCCGGGUCGACCGGGUCCAAGACCAAUUACACAUAUCUCCGGAAACAGCUCCGGCUUAUUGUCGACGAAGUUCAAGAAGAUGACCCCAAUGACGUGGCCUACGUAUAUAGCGGAUACGCGCCCUUGUCGAUACGACUCGUCCAGUGCGUACUGCAGAAGCAGUAUCUCUGGAACAUGGUCAGGGGAGGCGGUACGAGCAGUGCGGCCAGUGCCGUCAAUUCUUCUAGCACGACGACCCAGGGAUGGCAUGGGUUCGACGAUGCCCUGAAGCACGUUCGUGGCCAGACUUUCUACGAGCACCAGAAGGGCGAGGAUAAGGCUGUCAAGGCCAAGGCCCUCCUAUCCGGGAGUGGGAAUAAGCAAACUGUCUUUGUUGUAUUUGUGGGUGGUAUCACGUUUACCGAGAUUGCGGCAUUGAGGUUCAUGGCAAAGCAGCAGGAGGAUCGGAGAAGAAUUAUAAUCUGCACAACUUCCAUUAUUAGCGGCAACAGAAUGAUGGAUGCUGCCAUCGAAAAGGGGUCCUUUGCUAAGGAUAAGCCCGAGGAGUCAGGCUGA